GCAUAUGUGGUGACAGUACGGGUUGGGUGCCCCGGGAUGAGCUCCGGGAAGGGCCCUUCCAAAUAUGACUGAUACUGUAACUUAUGACUGAUACUGUAAUUUAUUGUUAGUUUUGGCUAUAUGACUGCAUGUUCUCUAGGAGAUACCUCUAGGGUCAUGAGACUGUUUGACUGACUCUAUUAGUGGUUACUGGAUAUGUGACAUACUCACCCCUAUUAGCUAUGUAGGAUCUUUCACAUAUUGCAUUUUUCCUUCGCUCUACUGUAUUUGAGUUAUGUUUCAUGUUGGUGGGAAGCUUAAACCAAAAGGAAAAGCAUUGGCUGUGAAGGGAGGUGGCAUGAAAAAGAAGCAUAACUAUGAAAUAGAUUCCAAGACUGAAAAUCAGGAACUUACAGAAGGUGGGAGUUCUGGAUUAUCAAUUGAUCCAACUGAAGUCCUCACUGAAGCCGAGAAGGUUGGGUCUGAAGGACAAGCCCCAUCAGUCAAUGAUCACUUGACUCCAGCAGAAAGGUGAUAUAUUGAAUAGAGGGAGAGGAUUAAUGCGAAAAAGUUGGCGAAGACAUCAAACAAGUCUCAUCGUGAUCGCAUCCAGGAUUUCAAUAAGUAUCUGGCAAAUCUCAGUGAGCAUUAUGACAUUCCAAAGGUGGGUCCGGGUUAACUAUAUGGGUACUAUCUUGAACGAACUACUAGAUUUAGAAAUCAAAACGUAUCUUUACUUUAUUUAAAUAAUUAACUUUUAUAAUAAAUUUGGAUAGUUUUGUG